AUGAUUGAGCAAAAAGUGAUGGCUUUUUUUUGGGGAGUAUGCUUGCUGACUUCUGGAUGGAUGACAUACAUUGAGGCCAGCGUCCCUGAAAACUUAAACAAGAGCAUUGAUGAGCUUAAAACAUACUAUAUUAAAGAUGACCGCGAACUGCACAAUGCAAACCCCAUUUUCCUAAGAGCCCUGAAAGACUUAAAGGUGAAUCUUGAGGAAAGUGAGCAGAAUCUUUUGAUGAGCAUCAUAAUGGACACAUACAGUAGGAUCAUCAUUCGCAUGCAGAACGAGAGCCAGGAUGAAUCUACCAAGAAGAGACUGGAGCAUGUUCAGGGGCACCUGAAAAAUCUGCAAGAUUACUUCUUCCCAGGCAAAAGUGCUGAGCUCAAGACUUAUGCAGAAACCUUCUGGGCAAUCAAGGAAAAUGACCCAAUUGUCCAGCACAAGGCAUUGUUUGAGCUGAAGCGAGUCUACAGGGAAGCAACACAACUGAGAAACAUGAAGAAUAAAGACCGCAGGAGACGACAAGCCAAAAGCAUCAGAAGGCAAAAGUCUUAA